UGUAUAUGUAUCUGCGGUAAUGGUCGCUAGUUACAGUUGAAAUCACUCCCCGAAAAAUGUUUAGAUGACCUUGGAAGUCGUUCCUGUAGGAAAACAUAUGCUACCAAGGAUUCAAGAUAGAGUUUGGUAGCAAGAAGGACCAUUUUAAAGGGACUAACAUGCAUGUCUUAGCCCUCAUUAUUAGGAACGCCGGCUUCGCGUCCGCCAUUAUGGGUUCAACUGAAUAUAUCUUACAAAGUCAUCCCUUGCUGUAGCAAGGAGUCAGUAUGGUAUUUUCCUCUUUGAACGCUGAAGCCAUGAUUUUCAAAUAUAGAGGGACUACUAUACGUCUCUUUAGUACAAAACUGUUUAUUUUGGUUAUGGUGGGAAUUGGAGCAGUUAUUGCGGUGCUGACGCUACACGAGAUCAUUGCCUUCGACCCGUCUGGCAAUAUCGACCCUCCUCCUCAUAAUAAUGGUUUUUAUCUAAAUCGGCCGCAGAUCAAUGCGCUUGUGACAACAUCAAUCGAAAACGCUAUCAAAACUGAAGCAAGGAAUGAAAAUAUAAACAUCAAUGUCCCGCAAGAGAGCUUACGUGUUACUACAAAGCGACCAACAAUAAAAAUUUCACUAAACAAAAGCGUUGAACCUGAGAUUCAGAAACUUAGACAUUUCGUAAAGAAUAUGAAUGACGAACAGUACAUCAGAAAUGGCGACAAAUUCGGUACGACUUUGUCUCCAAGUUCAAUUGUGAUCAUUAUUCAAGUGCACGAUAGAAGUGAUUAUUUUUCUCAUUUACUGAAUUCUAUGAGGCGCUCGAGAGGAAUCGAAGAUGCUUUGCUUAUUGUCAGUCAUGACUAUCACUCCGAGGAAAUGAACAAACUGGUGGAAUCCAUCGACUUUUGUAGAGUCAUGCAAAUCUUUUUCCCAUUCUCAUAUCAGCUGUAUCCAAAUGAGUUUCCUGGAACUGAUCCUAAGGACUGCCCAAGAGAUAUCAGACGUGAGAAAGCUAAAGAAAUGGGCUGUAUCAAUGCAGAGACUCCAGACAUGUAUGGUCACUACAGACAAGCACCAUUUACUAUGAUAAAACAUCACUGGUGGUGGAAGGCAAACACAGUAUUUGACAUGCUGAAUGUUACAAAAGACUAUGCAGGUCCAGUUUUAUUCCUCGAAGAAGAUUACUAUGUUAGUCCAGACUUCUACCACAUGUUAAAAUUAUUGUACAACAGCAAAAUGAGUGGUUGUAAGGAAGACUGUGAUUUGAUAACCUUGGGUACAUACAGAGCUGUGGAUAAUUAUGAGCUGAAUGGUGCUAAAGACGUGGCAGCCCUUUCAGUUUGGAGAUCCCACGAACACAACAUGGGGAUGGCAUUUGAUAGAGUGACAUGGAAUAAAAUAAAAGAAUGUAGUGAUGUUUUUUGCAAGAGCUAUGAUGAGUACAAUUGGGAUUGGUCUUUGAUGAAGAUAAGUGUUUCCUGCUUGCCACAGCCAUUCAAGUCACUCAUCCUCAAGGGCCCAAGAGUUUUUCACCUGGGAGAAUGUGGUCUUCAUCACAAGAAAACUGAUUGCAAGAUUGACGCUACUGUGCAGAAGUUCCAAACCAUCAUAGAGAAGAACACAAACAGCCUAUUUCCACCCUCUGUGAACAUACAGGAAGGUGAACACAAUCUAGCUUCUAAAUUUAGUCCUAAUGGAGGAUGGGGGGAUACAAGAGAUCAUGCACUGUGUUUCCAGUUAAUGCAAAAGAGAUGAUGCACAAUAAAGUACCCAAGUGAUUUUUGGGUAAUGCAAAUUCAUACUCUAGGAGGAGGUAAAUUUAAGGUGUUUUGUUUAAUAGCAGAAUGAUCAACUUCUAGUCUGCUAUUCCAUGGAUCAAAACCAGUGCUAUGGAUGUACAAAUCCUAAAUUAAAGUGAUGAAACUUUUAGCAGAUAACAAAUAGAAAAUAUUUUUUCUAGAUUAAUGAUAAAUUCUCUAAUGGCUGAUGUUCCAGUUGUUUUAUAAUAUUUGUUUGUUUGUUUUUUUUUUAAUCCAUUACCUACCAAUCAUUCUA